AAGGUUGGAAGGUCAACACAGUAUGUGUGCAUGUGUUGUUUGUUCGUACAGCUAAGAUGCCCCAUCUUUCGGCUCGUGUGCGCCAAGAUGCACCCAUCUUUUGGCAGAGUAUGUGUGCAUGUGUGUGUUUGUUCGUACAGCUAAGAUGUGCGCUGCCAAGAUGCACCCAUCUUUUGGCAGAGUAUGUGUGCAUGUGUUGUUUGUUCGUACAGCUAAGAUGGUCCCAUCUUUCGGCUCGUGCGCUGCCAAGAUGCACCCAUCUUUUGGCAGAGUAUGUAUGCAUGUGUUGUUUGUUCGUACAGCUAAGAUGGUCCCAUCUUUCGGCUCGUGCACUCAAGAGAGCAAAAAAGUUUUGUUUGACUGGAGAGUAAAUGAAUCUUCUUUCACCUUUGUACUCUAAAUCUAAAGAUAAGGAGAGUCCUGAAGAGCUGGAGUAGUGAACAAGUAUCUGCAAAAAUAGUUCUAUCAGCUAUAAUAUAUCAUUAUCAUAUUAAAUUCAUAACACAAUGCGCAAGCGCUUUGCUACGCCAUGUGAAUGGAGGAGUAAAGCCACUGCACACAGAGUAAAUAUUUCAAAUUCCACAGUAUGAGUUACAAGGAACCACUGCAACAGCCGAUGAAUCAUGCUUAAACACAGUAUAAGCACAGCGACAAAGUAUGGAUGACAAGAAAACAUAGAAAUAUCCAUGACUGCUACUGAGAAAGUGUGUGUAUCAGGCUUUUGAAAUAUCAAAACAGGUUUAGCGUAGAAGUCCUUUUGAGGAUGCUCUUGCAGUGGAACUACUUUAGCUAAAAUAAACUUUGAGACAGGCAUCGACCUAAAAACAACCGUACAUUCAACAAAACCAACAAUAAAGCAGGAACAUUCUUGUAUAACAUUGUUUUCAUCUUUAUAGCGAACGAUAACAAGAGAACUAUUUUGUUGUCUUGAAAAGAAAGUCCCAUACAGGUCCCCAUUAAAUACCAUACACUUCGAUUGCUUAUGAAGAAUCAACGUCUGGAUAAACUCAGGUCCAAUGUAUUUGUUAAAGUAUUCAUUAAUUAUGCUAAUAUCCAUAGCAAAAAAUCCCUUUUCCUUGAUUGGUGGUAACAGCUUUCCAUAGUUGUUCGCAUUGAAAAUUGUGGAUGGUUCAAAGGGUUUGACAAUGUGAUCAAACAAAGCCCCGAGAUAAGCAUUCUCCUUAGUUGCACGUAAUUCAUCUAUCACAGGUUUUAAAUCUUGUGUUACCUGUGUAUCGGGCCAUUCAAUGUGACCUACCUGUUGCUUACUAAUAAACUUGCGAAAAAGUUGCACCUCAACAGCUUUAUUAUUGGUAUGAAAGCUGCCCAAAACCCCCAUUCAUUCGUUCGAAAGCAAACAGCCAAAAUGAGGAAGCAGGACCAUAGUCAAGUAGACACUCUUUUAGGUGGCAAUGCAUAUGAAGGUUUGGAUAACAAUAUUCUUUUCCAAAUUCAGCCUCAAACAGGCAGCAGUAAUGAUGAAUUAGCAUGUCAGCACGGUUAAUUGCAUUUUUAGACAAUACACGAGAACAGAGUAAGGAACAGGCUUCCACAAAAACUAGCCACAUUAAAUACUGUGAUGAACUCAAAACAGGUUUAAAGCAGAUAAUUGAAAAGAGUAGGAUCCAAUUUUUCCAUUGCUCUGCUUUAAAAUUUGAAAAACCACUCUCUACUUUUCUAGGCAGCCUAUAUACCAAUGCCAGAAGGAGUAACAAAUGCAUCUACAGCCCUCUGGAUAGUAGCAAAAGCACAUGGCUGGCAUGAAUGUUGAAUCCAGAGUUUUGUAAAGGUUUUUGCACUUCCAAGUAAAAGAUUAUGCAUUGGAUCUAUCAUGCAAAAUGAUACAGCAUUGUAAUAGGGAAGCGUAAGUAACACCGUGUAACGCACCCCAUAUCUUUUCUCAAGGCCACUUCUUUUUUUGCUGUCUUUCCAUGCUUAUGCUGCAUGCCCACAUGAACACAGUCACCAUGCUCCCUAGCUAUCCAAUUUUCACGGUCAAACCCACUGUAGUCUGGUUUUUCACCAAAUGCUGAAGUUGGGAAAGAUUUCAUGCAUUUGAAACACCCUUUAGAAGCAUUGUGAGCAACAAAACCUGCAACUUUCCUCAUUGCAGGAGAGUCACAUGAAACACAUAGCAAUGCGGCACGUAUACGAAUACUACCUGUUUGUAAUUCAACUUCUUCUCCCCUCCAUAAAAGCAAAAGUUCCUCAACAAGGGGCUCAAGAAAGGAAUUAAUGCUUUGAGACGGUUCCUUCGGACCAGGAAUUAAUCCACAUACAAUGAUAUUCUCUUGGUGGUACCGAAUACUGCGGGGUAGGUUAAGUAAGGCCAUAAAAAUAACUCCAACAGCAUAUAUGCUAUGCUCGAAGGGUUCGAACCAAUCCACAUUCAAAAGUAAACCAUAUGAGUGUGGCUCAGAAAAAAAUCCGGAAUCUACAAAAUCCUGCCACACUCUUCCAUCGUAUAUAUCUCCGUAUACAUUCUGAAAAGCCUGCCUUUUUCGCCAAUGCUCACACGUUUCAGCCAUACCUGGGCGAGAAAUAAUUGCAGUAAUUGAAGAAAUGAUUGACUUGUAACAAUAGACUUUGAUUG